ACUAAUUUGCAUAACUUUAGUUUAGGUCCCUGUGAUAUGAUCUUGUUGUGAAACAAACCCGAUCUGUCCGUCCUUUUAUCACAACUUCUAAUGCUUAUCUGAGAAGUCCUUGCCUAAUACUACGAAACGAUGCUAUUCAACUGGAUGUACGUGAGUUAUACAUUUUCACUGACCAUCCUACUGAUUUUCUGUGGAACAUCUGAAACCACGCGGCAAGGUUGCACAUUUACCUUAACACAGAACAGCGGCACAUUCCAAACUCCGAAUUUCCCCGGAAAAUACCCUAAUGGUGUUCAAUGCAUUUGGAACAUUAAAGUACGAGCGGGUCGAUUUAUUUUACUCUCUUUCGACACAUUUGUGUUGGAAAGCUUUGGAGGAAAUUGUAUUGACAUGGUAGAGGUCAAGGACGGAAGCAAGUCUACGGAUCAACUGCUUGGUACUUUUUGUAACGCCAGCCUCCCGCCGAAGGUCAUUACAUCGAGUUCAAACAACUUGAGGCUUUGGUUUUUUUCUGAUAAGAGAGACGCUUAUAAAGGUUUUCAUGCCUCCUACACCAGCCAAAGGGAAAAAGGCUGCGGCGGUUCCGUCACAGACUUCUCAGGGCGAAUUUCAUCGCCCCGAUACCCGGAUUAUCCGUAUCCCAACUCCAUGCUAUGCGAUUGGACUAUCUCUGCACCACGUGACGAGUUCAUUCGCCUUGAAGUUUAUGAUUUUGAAGUAGAGUCCAAGUGUGGAGGAAGCUGCUCUUGUCCUGAUCGCCUUCAAUUAUGGGAUGGACCAGAAUUCAAUGAGACAGAGAUUGGAAGUUUCUGCGUACCCAUCCAUAACGUGAUUGUUUCGAAAACUAAUCGGAUGAGGCUGCGCUUCGCAACAAAUCGAGAGGGACGCUUCAAGGGCUUCAGAUUGUCGUACACAACCUCUGUCACACCAAGCUGUGGUGGAGAUUUUUCCGGAAAGAAUGGUUCGAUCAUAUCUCCAAAUUACCCGAGCUCCUUUCCCGCGUUUUCUGACUGUGUUUGGCGGAUAAAAGCGCCUGUCGGCCGGUACAUAUCACUAAGAUUUCAGGAAUUUACUGGAAUCAACGGCAUCAAUUCGGAAUGUUUGGUUGACUCAAUUGAACUUAAGGAGGGACAUUCAAGUGAAGCUCCGCUUAUAGGUCGCUACUGUAUUCAGAACAUUCCGCCAGUGAUUGUGUCCAAAGGUCAUGAAAUGUACAUUUAUUUCAAGGCAAGAAGUCGUGAGCUUAAAGUGGCAGUACAAAAACUCAGACGGUUCAAAGCGUUAUUCUUGACUCACACAACUGAAUGUAAUGAAACAAUCGGUCUAGAGGACGGCAGAGUAAAAAAUUCUCAAUUGUCAGCGUCCUCGUACUACACCCUUCAGCUUGGUCAGGGUCAGCUUCACCUUUCUCCUAGGCACGGGAGGGUGAGGAAUGCUUAUUCCUGGUGUAGCCAGGCACAAACACCUAACAGGAUAGUUGACGAAUAUCUUCAAAUUGAUCUGAUUAAAUUAACCGAAAUUACUGCCAUAACAACGCAGGGUUAUCACCUUGGCACCGAAUACAUGGGAUUUGUGUCAAGCUAUAGACUGCAGUAUACAUAUGACGGAAACCACUGGAUUUCUUACAUGGACAACACUAAAAACAGCACCAGACCGGGAUACACAGAGUUCAAGGGAAACUCGAACUACAAAGAUAUCAAGAAGAAUAUCUUGAAACCGUCCAUUGUAGCGAAAAGAAUUCGAAUAUUUCCAACUGGUUACCAGAGCUUUCCUUUCCACCACAUGUGUCUUAAGGCGGAACUGUAUGGCUGUCCUUUUAAUGACCUAGGAUGUGGAAGUAUUAUUACUCUGGCGAAGCCGAAUAAAAUCUCGGUCCGUGGAUCUGAUCGACAAACCAAAGAGUGUACUUGGUUAUCAAUUCCCAGUCGCCCAAGCCCUCAGAAUGAAGUCAUAACCUUUCAUUUCAUUUACUUUGAUGUACCAUGCAAGCAUGGCCAUGUGAUGCUACUCACCAGAGAUGACAACCAAAUACAAAAGUUUUGUGGCGCAGACCCUCCUCGAGUGUCCAGUCUCCCUGCCGCAAGACAAAUAAUGGUGAAACUAAAGCUUGAAAAAGGAGCUGCUGUUUGGGGAUUUGACCUCAAGUACAGAACUGAGUACUUAGGAUGUGGAGAAAUAAUUCGAGUAACUGAAAGCGGUACUGUGACGUCGCCAAGCUAUCCUGAAUUGUAUGACAACGAUCAGAACUGCACGUGGCUUUUCUCCUCGGAGCCUGGGUCAAAGAUUGCACUGAGAUUCAUCGAAUUCGAUCUGCAACCAGCCAAUGGAUCGAAGUGCCUUGAUUUCGUUCAGAUUCAAGAGGGUCGAAUAGAUCCUACGACAGUUUUGAAGAAAUUUUGUGGAAACUCUGUCCCCAUGCAAGUGGUAUCCACCUACAAUCACUUAAGCUUCAUUUUCCACAGUGACAAUUCAACCAACGGCAAAGGCUUUCUUCUGGAGUAUGGCCUUUAUUUGCCCACAGGGAACGGAUCUCUACCCUCCCAUAAAAAAUCAGGACAAAUAGAUAUAGCACAAGCUGAAACAACAACUGAAGGAGGCCAUCACAGCUGCGCGGGACACACGAGCGGUGUAGAAGCCUUUCUAUUCUCUAUAAACUUUCUUUACGUAUCAGUUAAAAUACUGUAAAUUAUGGCUGAUGUAGGUCGACGUAUAUAUGCCAAAAAAAAAUUAGCUCAGACUAUAACUAUGACAAAUCAGAAACAAGCUAAAAGGGGUGGCGAGAUCGUGAAAUCGAGCUUCGUCUAAUAGUUCUUGUAAAAUGGCGGAAAAAAAGGUCAUUUGGUCACCCUUGCCGUACACGUUUUACGUAAACACGGUGCGAAAUCUCUCUAAAGUUUUCAAUCGAGACGGUGCUUAAAGAACCUAUUACACAAUGAGCGAGGAGUAGAUUACUGGAAGUCUGCUUUUCUCUAGAUAUGAAGAAAGCGUUAGAGAAGAGAUGGAGACGAAAAAAGGACUAUAGGGCAAGAGAAGUGGUUCUAUGGUAGGGAAGAAGCAGUCUAAUUCCAGAUCCUUCCCGUUCAAUGGUCAAUCUUGCGUUUGCUUUCCGUCCACUCUUGUAAGAGAAAAAGAGAAAAAGGAAAGACACGGAGUCGCCUCAAGGAAAACUGGGUGAGGGUUAAAUUUUUUCUCACCUACCAUUUAAUCUUCCUCUCCCGGAUUUCAAUAUCUGUAACUGCUUCGGCAAAGUUCAUCAGCAUCAAUGUGGCAUGCGAAGGAGGAGACAUUUGAAGAAUAGUUUUCCAACCUCACGCUAUCACAGGUUUACGUCCCUUACUUUUUUUCCGUUGAGCGAACCUCUCGAAAAUAAAGGAAAUGUUUUAUAUUGAACUAAUCCAUUCAGAAUUCAAGACUUCAUUUAGUUUAUGGAGCAAUCUCUAAACAAAUUUAGGGGUUGAUUACAGGGAGUUAGUUCCGAACCAAGCUAUGAUGCUGCGUUGGUGGGAGGUAUUACAAGAUAAUUCGAUGUUAUCAACUGAGUCAAGAAUGUAAAUUGGCCACUUAGCCUGACUGUAAAAGAGUUUUCGAGGCUGACGUUCCAGACGUUAGCCCUUCGGCAGAAUGGUUGAUAACCGAGUUCAGUGGCGGUCCGUGCGUCACCGGCUGAGAGCAAAAUAAAAGUUUGAAUUAUGACCACCUUAUGUCAGUUAUCACAAAUAGGACCUACUAGAAUACAAAAGAAGGGCGCGCACUGGACAACUACUUAAAAGAUGAAACAGGAAAACCAUUUCCUUCUUUAUUCUACAAGUCAGAACAAUAACCUUAUAAUUCAUCGAGGAGUACGACUCAUUCCCCCACUUGAAUAAUUUUAAACUGAGGUUUUUACGCUCUCGGAAAACGCCGAGGGCCGCGUGGAUUUUUCUGGACCAUUCACGUCAACUGACCCGUCCGGCCCUACACAGGUCAGCGUUCACUAUGGUUUCCAUGGGGCUCUACGGGUCAUUUGAUAAAAAGUUGAUUUUAAACAGUUUUACAGUUGAUCGAGAAGCUU